CGACAGAACAGUGGAGGUACGUGACGCAGUAGCAGCGUUGGGUCCUUUCCUUUCUCAUGGUUACUAGGUAGUAUGUUAUUAGGACCCGUGCAAAGAUGUCUACUGAGGGGUCUCCGGAACCGGCACCGUCAGUACCCACGCCUCCACCACCAGCAUCUCCAACUGCAUCUCCUUCACCACCAGUGUUGCCGGUUCCAGCAUUACCAGUGACGACGGCAGCAACCCCAGCGGUUGCAGAAGUGGUUAAGACAAACACUGGAUCCGGCGGGGAGGAUGAAGAGGAAUGGCUUUAUGGGGAUGAGCACGAAACACCUAAACAAGAGGAAGAUGUGCCUGUCAGCAGAAAGCAACUGAAGAUGAAGAUGAUAGUGAAAGUGACAGUGACGAUGAUGAUGAUGACGAUGAUGUUCAUGUCACAAUUGGUGAUAUUAAAACUGGAGCGCCACAAUAUGGAGGUUAUGGGGUACCACCGGUAAACCUGAACAUCAGGCCAACUGGAAGAGUUUAUGGGGCAACAGGCAAAGUCAAAGGAGUAGAUAUCGAGUCAACAGGAAAUUACAAUGGACUUCCACUACUAGAUGUAGACUUGGAUUCAUUUGAAGAUAAACCUUGGAGAAAGCCAGGAGCUGACCUUUCUGACUAUUUCAAUUAUGGGUUCAAUGAGGAUACUUGGAAGGCAUACUGUGAAAAACAGAAGAAACUGCGAGCAGGAUUGGAUCCAACAGCAGCAACUUUAACUACUAAUAAAAUCAUGGUACAACAGGGCAGAGGUACAGAAAAGGAGGCAGUGACACCACCAUUAAAAUCAGAGUUCACCUCACCGACAAAUGUCUAUAAACCAGGACUUCAAGCAGCAAGGGAUGUUGAUUCCUUAUUAACGCCUGCUACUGGAAAGUCAUCUGUGUCAGUAGAUGUACUUGUGCAGAAUAGUAUAAUAAGUCGUGUGGAAGGAAGGCGUCGUGCAAGCACAGAAGGCAACAAUAUACAGGUUAUGCCAGACCAUCCGCCAACUGAAAUUGAGACCACUUUCACGAAACCACCUCCCUUUUUUCCUCCAGGUGCUCCACCUACUCACAUCCCACCACCACCAUUUCUUCCCCCUCCACCGGCAGUCAGUGCUGCCCCACCCAUGAUUCCUCCUCCAGGUAUACCCAUCACUGUACCACCUCCUGGUUUUCCACCACCACCAGGACCUCCACCACCUUCACUUAUGCCACCAGUAGAAAGUGGCCAUCCUCCUACCUACGAGAAUCGCACAGUCCCUCCAUAUCAUUAUGGUGGUGUGCCUUAUCCACACAUAAGUAGUGGUUCUUCAUGGGGUGGCAUGAUGGAGAGUAACAAACCAUGGGAAUAUUAUCCAAGGAGAGAAAAGGACAGAGACCGGGAUAGAGAUCGAGACCGUGACCGCGAGCGAACCAGAGACAGAGAAAGAGACAGAGAGAGAGACCGAGACAGAGAAAGAGAACGAGAGAGAGAGAGAGAGAGAGAUCGUGACAGAGACAGAGAACGUGAUCACAGUCCGACUCCAAGUGUGUACAACAGUGAAGAUGAAAGAUAUAGAUAUAGAGAAUAUGCAGAAAGAGGUUAUGAACGACACAGGACAAGCAGAGAAAGAGUAAGCAGAGAAAAAGAGGAGAGGCACAGAGAAAGAAGACAUCGAGAUAAGGAAGAGGCUCCAAGGCACAAAUCUUCUCGAAGAGCUGGUACUUGUGACUUACAGAAGAAUACACCUGCCCAGACAAAUAGUACAAAAGUAAAGGCAUCCAGCAGUAGCAGGCGGCGACAUGAAAGUGAAGAGGUAGAAGGUCACAGAAAACAUAAACACAAAAAAUCCAAAAGAAGCAAGGAAGGUAAAGAAGCUAGCGGAGGUGUUGCUCCUGAACAAGAGGAAAGUACAAGCAUGGACUAGACAUCUUUAGAACAUUGUGCACAGUAUGUUUACUACUAUCAACUGUAGUGAGAAGCAGAUCAGUUGGUGUUCUGCAGACUGGAGUGCCAGAAAUGAAAUCUUUAACCUCAAUGUUUUUUUUUUUUUUUUUUAACUUUGUCCCUAAAUGUGUCCUUGUGUGUGUGUGUGUGUGUGUGUGUGUGUUAGGACUGUGUAAAAGGCAAAUCACCCUAAUUUGUUUAUUGAAAAAAAUAAAAGAAAAUUUAAAUUUUUCAUUAAA